AUAUUCCAAGCCCUGUUUUCAGAUACUUGGCUUACCGUACAUCCUUGGUAAUACUGACCGAUGGCCUCUCAUUUUCGCAUUCACUGUCGUACCAUCAGUGUUGCAAGUGAUCACAUUGCCGAUGAUCCCCGAAUCACCCAAAUACACCCUGUGUGUUCGUGGGCAGCAAGAUAAAGCCACCCGAGAUUUGAAGAAGUUGAGAGGAACAAAUGAUGUGAGUGCCGAGAUCGAAAUGUUCCGUGAAGAAGCGGCCGCCAGCGGUGCAGCAGCUCAACAACGUCCAUCAAUGCUGGACAUGUUCCGUGGAUCACUGCUUUGGCCCAUGACCAUCGCUAUAAUGAUGAUGCUCGCCCAGCAGCUGUCAGGUAUCAAUGUGGCCAUGUUCUACUCGACGGUAAUUUUCAAGCAGGCCGGUCUCAGCAACGAAGGUGCUGUCUAUGCAACGAUUGGUAUGGGUACAGUGAAUGUGAUCAUGACCGUCAUAUCAGUGUGGCUGGUUGAUCAUCCAAAGUUCGGACGUCGUUCGUUGAUGUUGAUGGGUAUGAGCGGAAUGUGGAUCUCAACAAUUCUACUGGUGGUUGCCCUCUCACUGACUGCCAGCGGUCACCAGUGGGCCAGCUAUGGUGCUAUCGUUUUCGUGCUGCUAUUCGUAAUCUCAUUCGCUACUGGGCCAGGUUCUAUUCCAUGGUUCUUCGUAUCUGAGAUAUUCGCAUCAAGUGCUCGUGGUAAUGCUAAUUCGAUUGCUGUAAUGGUCAACUGGACAGCUAACUUGGUAGUUGGACUGACGUUCCUCUCCCUCAAUAAUGCCCUCGCUCAGUACUCGUUCCUGGUGUUCACCGCAUUUCUCACUUUCUUCAUCAUUUUCACAUGGCGAUUCGUACCUGAGACCAAAGGCAAGAGCGUGGAAGAGAUCACUGCAUCAUUUGAUAGCCGAAAACGUUAA